AUGGAUAAAGACUAUAAUGACGACGAGCCUCCAUCUGAUUUUCCAGCGAGUUCGGAGAGCUUGGAUCCCACAGACAUGCUGGCGUGCCUGAGGCCCGGGUGGGCCCGGUGGAGUCUGCAUCUGAAGGAGCCUGCAUGUGUGGUGGGUGAGCACAGGCAGCUGUUUCGAACGCUUGCGGUUUUCCUGAGGCUAACGGGCGAUGAUGGUAUGGACCGUGAUGGAGUCUUGCUCGUGUCUAUCGAUAGGUUUUGGAAGAAACUUUGGGACUUAUCCGAGUUUUCGAUUUUUGUCUUGGGUUUUUCUGCCAUCCUUAAACCUACCUUAACAGAAGGUGCAUUUUGUUAG